GAACGGUCCUCUCAGCAACCUGAGCUCUCAGUAUACCUCUCACCAUAUUACGCAUCUUACCUACCUGCAAGGCCAUAGUUGGCCUCCCGAAGGCUUUCUUGUAUCUGGAACUUACUAGUGUCGAGGGAAUUUAAUUUUUGUCGAUAUGUCAUCUUCUGCUCAAGGGCUUUACUCACUGGCCACUCUCAUCAAACGGCUUGAAGCAAUCACAUCGCGUCUCGAAGACGUAGAGGAUUCCAGGAGUGCAGGACAUCUCAAACGACAGAGUACCAGCACUGUUACUAGCGCAGCGGUUGCUGAAACUUUAUCGGCUUCGGCAUCCCCGCUGCCACCACCUGCGAUUGAGGCGCCAGUAGCAGUGCCACGGGCAGUCACCGCAUACGAUGAGAUUGUUGGAGAAGGGAAGCUCAAACCUUUUCUGGAGAUCAAUCAAGCCAUCGCGCCUCCUCCACUAAAUGAGCAGGUUGUUCUAUUUGCCAAAGUACUUGCUACCCUGCGGUCUGUACUUCACCAGGCGGCCACAUGCAGAAAGCCCGACCAGAAGGCAUUAGCCGAAAUCCUUUCGCCACUCCAAGCAAGCAUUGAAGCCGUGACUCGUGCUAAAGAGGCUGCCAGAAAGGAGCGGGACUGGUUCAAUCACUUCACUGUCAUCGCAGAUGGAACUGCUUUUGUUGGAUGGGUCACUGUGGAACCCAAACCAGGACCAUACGUGAAUGAGAUCAAGGAAAGUACCACGUACUAUGCGAACAGGAUACUCAAGGAUUUCAAAGAAAAGGACCCAAGGCACGCGGAAUGGGUUCGCGCAUUCAAUGGGGUUCUUGAUGGAAUGAAGCGCUAUGUUGUGGAAUUCCACACCACUGGUCUUGUUUGGAACGCCAGCGGUAUACCGGUUUCAGAGUACAAAUCGUCCCGUUCACAGCCAGUCAGUGGUCCGCCGCCGCCACCUCCACCGCCACCUCCACCUCACGCAGGAUCAACAUCCCCCCCGACAGCAUCUGCUGGUGGGGUUGCUGCUGUGUUUGCGGACUUGAAUCGCGGCGCUGACGUAACAAAGGGGCUACGUAAAGUCGACAAAAGCGAGAUGACACACAAGAAUCCUGCCCUGCGGGCUGGAAAUGUCGUCCCUGCAAGCAGCGGGGCGGGUGCCAAGAAACCCGUUAAACCAACCAAACCACAGGCUUUGAUGGGAAAGAAGCCUGCCAAAUUCGCACUGGAGGGCAAUAAAUGGAUCAUUGAAUAUCAAGAAAAUGAAUCCGCUUUGGAGGUCGCCAAUGCAGAUAUUACCCAAGUGAUCAACCUCUUUGCUUGCAAGAACACGACUGUCAUUAUCAAGGGGAAGGUCAACGCCGUCACAUUGGGUCAGUGUCUGCUGGUUUGGUCCAACAGUAUUUUUACUCAAAAGUCUAUGACAGUUAAUUGCACGAAGACCUCCGUACUAGUCGAAUCUGUGGUUUCUUCUGUCUCUAUCACGAAGUCUCCAUCGUUUGCCCUGCAAAUUACAGGGGUGGCGCCUACUAUCCAGAUUGACUCGACAGACUCGGGGCAGAUUUACCUCUCGAAGCAGUGUCUUGGUGUAGAGAUUACUACAGCGAAAUGCAGUGCAGUCAAUGUCAGCUUACCAGUCGAAGGAGAGGAAGACGGUGUUUUUGAAGAACAGGCCGUGCCCGAGAUGCUGAAGACAGUGGUACAGAAUGGCAAAUUGGUCACAACAAUUGUGGAACACGCCGGCUAACAUACAGAUUACUCGUAUCUCUACCUACUAGCUAGUUGUGUGCAAUUGCAAUUAAUUUCCGACAAGUUUUCGAGACUAUACUAGUGUACGGGCUCACCGAAAAGAGACUAGUAGAUCAGGUACUAGGUAGUAGGUAUCCAGUACUGCCAUGACGUUAGCUUGGCACUGCCAUAAUAUGUCACGGUGUGUUCAAAUCCAUACGUCUAGGAUUGGUACAAUCACCCGCCACCAAACGACUUGAUCCUCGCGUAGCAUGGAUACCGUGGGCUGGCAUGCUCAGCGCAGAGCCCGUAAGGUGAGUAAUAGUUCAUGCCCUAGAAGCGAUUUACAUAAGAAUCUGGCGCUACACAGGAAGCGCAUCAUUUUUCUGAG